AUGCUUCCGGCUGUCGACACAAGUGCCUUCACCAGCCGACAUGAGGCAGUGCAGAACCAGGUGGUGACUCCCUGGAGGCCCACAGUGAUGAUUUCAGAUGGUUCUAACAUCCCUGGAAGAGUCCUCGACCAGAACUUAACAACAUUACCUGUUAAAGCCCUUGAUAUACUCUCCGGAGACCUAAGUGGGACUUUUUCCAUGGACUACAAGGUGACGUCCUUCGAUCAGGGAAAACCCACAGCAACCUCCUGGAUAACAGAUAUCAAUGACAACUCAAAGACAUUGUUCAUUGAUUGCCAAAAGACAACUGUCACUGCAAACAACAUGACAAUCUCCAAUGAAGGUAGCCAGAUGAAGACCCUCAGUGAUGAAUGCAAUCUCGAUGGAGGGCAGAUGACCAUCAGUGGGAACCAGGCCCCUUAUGGAGGCCAGACGAGCAUCAGUGGGGACCAGGCCCCUUAUGGAGGCCAGAUGAGCGUCAGUGAGGACCAGGCCCCUUAUGGAGGCCAGAUGAGCAUCAGUGGGGACCAGGCCCCUUAUGGAGGCCAGACGAGCAUCAGUGGGGACCAGGCCCCUUAUGGAGGCCAGAUGAGCAUCAGUGAGGACCAGGCCCCUUAUGGAGGCCAGACGAGCUUCAGUGAGGACCAGGCCCCUUAUGGAGGCCAGACGAGCAUCAGUGAGUACCAGGCCCCUUAUGGAGGCCAGACAACCUUCAGUGGGGACCAGGCCCCUUAUGGAGGCCAGACGAGCAUCAGUGAGGACCAGACCCCUUAUGGAGGCCAGACGAGCAUCAGUGAGGACCAGACCCCUUAUGGAGGCCAGACGAGCAUCAGUGGGGACCAGGCCCCUUAUGGAGGCCAGACGAGCAUCAGUGAGGACCAGACCCCUUAUGGAGGCCAGAUGAGCAUCAGUGGGGACCAGGCCCCUUAUGGAGGCCGGACGAGCAUCAGUGGGGACCAGACCCCUUAUGGAGGCCAGACGAGCAUCAGUGGGGACCAGGCCCCUUAUGGAGGCCAGACGAGCAUCAGUGGGGACCAGGCCCCUUAUGGAGGCCAGACGAGCAUGAGUGGGGACCAGGCCCCUUAUGGAGGCCAGAUGAGCAUCAGUGAGGACCAGACCCCUUAUGGAGGCCAGAUGAGCAUCAGUGAGGACCAGGCCCCUUAUGGAGGCCAGACGAGCUUCAGUGAGGACCAGGCCCCUUAUGGAGGCCAGACGAGCAUCAGUGAGUACCAGGCCCCUUAUGGAGGCCAGACAACCUUCAGUGGGGACCAGGCCCCUUAUGGAGGCCAGACGAGCAUCAGUGAGGACCAGACCCCUUAUGGAGGCCAGACGAGCAUCAGUGGGGACCAGGCCCCUUAUGGAGGCCAGACGAGCAUCAGUGAGGACCAGACCCCUUAUGGAGGCCAGAUGAGCAUCAGUGGGGACCAGGCCCCUUAUGGAGGCCGGACGAGCAUCAGUGGGGACCAGACCCCUUAUGGAGGCCAGACGAGCAUCAUGGGGACCAGGCCCCCUUAUGGAGGCCAGAUGAGCAUCAGUGAGGACCAGACCCCUUAUGGAGGCCAGAUGAGCAUCAGUGAGGACCAGGCCCCUUAUGGAGGCCAGACAACCUUCAGUGGGGACCAGGCCCCUUAUGGAGGCCAGACGAGCAUCAGUGAGGACCAGACCCCUUAUGGGGGCCAGACAACCUUCAGUGGGGACCAGGCCCCUUAUGGAGGCCAGACGAGCAUCAGUGAGGACCAGGCCCCUUAUGGAGGCCAGACGAGCAUCAGUGGGGACCAGGCCCCUUAUGGAGGCCAGACAACCUUCAGUGGGGACCAGGCCCCUUAUGGAGGCCAGAUGAGCAUCAGUGGGGACCAGGCCCCUUAUGGAGGCCAGAUGAGCAUCAGUGAGGACCAGGCCCCUUAUGGAGGCCAGACGAGCAUGAGUGGGGACCAGGCCCCUUAUGGAGGCCAGACGACCUUCAGUGGGUACCAGGCCCCUUAUGGAGGCCAGAUGACAACUUUUAAAGGGAGCUAUACAAUGACCUUCAUUAGUGACCAGCCCUUUACUGGGGGCCAGAUGACAACACACAGUGGUGACCAGACCCUCUAUGGAAGUCAGGUGGUGGCCCUUAGGAGAGACCAGAAGACACCCUUCACUGAUGACUACAUUUUCUAUGGAAGCCAUAUGAUGCCAUGUCAGUUGGCACCACUGCCACACUCAGGAUUCCUGUACUUUUCAAGUCUCCAUUAUACUCAAGGACAGUUCCUAGAAAAUCAGAAGUCAAAACUUCAGACCCAGAGAUGUCAGUUCCCGAAGAAACUUGACAUUUUGAAACCCUACAGUUGCUCAUACCAGAACUGUGGGAAGUCAUAUUCGAAGCGUUCCCACCUCCAAAUCCACAAGCGCAAACACACUGGAGAAAAGCCUUACAAAUGCAAUGUGCAGGGAUGCACCUGGAAAUUUGCCCGUUCAGAUGAGCUCAACAGACACAACAGAAAGCACAGUGGGGAGCGGCCGUACCUGUGCACUGUGUGCAACAAGACUUUUGCAAGAUCCGAUCACCUAAAGCAGCACCAGAGAGUCCACAUCCUGUGA